AAUAGAACCUGCAUGACAAAACCAAACAUGGCAACGAAAUGAAAAACACUUUAUUUAUCCAUGAGAAGCCACAGAAGAGUUACUUGUGUCUUUUCACAUGAAUCAUAAAUGACUAAUUAGCACAUUAGCGUCAGUUUGCAUGAUUGCAUCAUUCUUAUGAACCUACCGGCUUGUAAAGGAAAGUGAAACUAAAUCUAAACAUCGUUUUAGCCAAGGAGGAAAUAAUAAGUAGGCUACUGCUUAAAAAGCCUCUUUAAAGUUUAGAAUUGCAGGUAAAAUGGAUGAAAAAUAGGAAAAGUUGUUCUCUGAGUCACGAAUCAUGUUCAGGGAAGAGUUUUAGUUGCAGCUGAUAGAGGCAAGACUGAAUGAACUCAGCUUGGUUAUUCUCAGACAAUGAGUAGAACCCAUUUGCUUCACAGUCUCACAUCCACACACGAGCCAUCCAGCAGUCAGCAACAGGAUAAAUGCCAUAUCACAGAUAAGAGUUUAUACGUGUACUGAGUACUCACUGCCAAGAAUUUGAAAUCCUCAAAGCAAACAAUCACCUUGAAGGGUCCCGAUAAAGAGGUGCUGCUGGUAGCUGGAAAACUUCCCAAACUGAUACAAGAAAUGUCAGUUAAGAGAGUUAAGCUUCCUGAAGAUUUGAUAAUCUUCGUGAAAACCAGCCGUGCCAUCUCCAAGUUCCAGACUCACUUUGACCUGAAUUUAAGAAGUCCUGUUUUCAUAGAGGUGGGGUCGGACCUGGUUCUGUUCAGUCUGUGCUCUCGUGACCUGGAUGAGGCUCUGACAGUAGUGCUGAGGGAUUUGAGUGUGGAGAUAGUGAAGCUGCAAGGCCCUGCAGCAGUACCUCCAGAUGCAGACAAAAUAAAAGAAAUCCUCAAGAAAGCAAAAAGUGAGGUAAACCAUUUGGAGCUCAAAGUAGACAUGAGCCUCAUUCAAGGACCCAGUGCAACCACGGUCACCAAAGUACGACUGGUCGGCUAUACUGAACAUGUGAACAAGCUCAAAGACCUCCUGAAUGACUACCUGCUGAAUGAGGUUUCAGAUAAAGAAGUGUUGAGCCUGCUGGGUCCCGAAGUGGUUGCCUGCUUUGAUAAAAUCUUAGACAUGAUUGGCAUGAAGCAGACUACUGUGACUUUAAAAGCUUCAAAUCUUCCUUAUCCAUCUGUGGCUAUAUCUGGUCCCCGUCGUCGGGUUCGGGAGACCCGUAACAGCCUCUCAUCUGCUCUAGCCAGUCUGAUAUCAGACACUUUGGUACUGGAUGGAGCAGGAGCUCUGCUCUACUUCCAGGGAGAUGGUAAAGUAAGCAAAGAACUAAUUGAGACUUCCUGUCAAGUCCUCAUCAGGGAAAAGCAAGAUCAGUUUGCAGUAUCGUUACCUCGACUGUCUAUCCGUUCAAGCCUAAGCAUCUGCUCCAGUUCCCCAAGUCAGAAGUCUGCUUUCCUGGUCCUGGGUCUUCACAGAAAGAAUGUUGGUGAUGCCAUGGCAAAGAUGAAGGAUCUGUACCAGGCUCACUGCUCCACAAAAACCCUCAAAAUGGAGGACCUGGCAGACCUUAACCAGGAUGACAUGAAGAAUUUAAGGAAGCUAGCAGAGACCCAGGGUCUGUUUGUGCAGGAGGACAAGCUCGACCAUGGUGGCUUGAUUGUGAGCGGGUUAACAGCUGGGGUCAACCAGGUGGUGCAGAUGCUCGACACCAUCACUCCUCUUAGGAGGGAAAUGAGAGUCAAGGAGGAGGAGAAUAUGUACCCACUUGUGGCCUGGUGCAUCUUGGGAAAUAAAGGCAGCUGGGAAAGACUCCCCAAAACAGAAAAUUACAACCUGGAAAACCAUAAUGUAAUGAAAGGCAUAGUGGACGCUUGGGGAAUCACGUGGUAUGUGGAUUUACAGAAAAUGGAGGCCAAAAAACAAUUAACUGGUCAGAAAGCAAAGCUGAAACGACUUCAGAAUUUACCAGAUUUCAGCUUCCCUCUUUACUGGGAUAAUAUGGAAACUUCUGAAAAUCUGAAAGAUGUUGUACUGGAGCCCUCCUCUGAAGAGUACAAGAGUGUGCAUACAGACUUCUUUAAGACUGUAAAUAGGACUGUUGUGAAGAUCGAGCGCUUGCAAAAUGUUCAUCUGCGUCGAGUCUAUGAGCUGCAGAAAAAGCACCUUUCUGAAAAAAACAAAUGCGAUGGGGGAGCAGGUGAAAGGCUUCUGUAUCACGGGACAAGCCAGGACAGCUGUGAAUCCAUUAAGAAAAAAGGCUUCAACAGGAGUUUUUCUGGGAAAAAUGCAACUUCAUUUGGUCAGGGAACCUACUUUGCUGUAUACGCCAUCUACUCAGCCAGUCCCACCUACUCAAAACCAGCUGCAGACGGUACUCAAGCCAUGUUUGUUGCCCGGGUUCUGACUGGUGUCUACACUCUGGGCCGCAGCGACAUGAAGAUGCCUCCACUUCGGAACAGCGUGCAGCCACACGAUCGUUACGACAGCCUGGUGAACGCAAUAGAUCAUCCCAGCAUGUUUGUUGUGUUCCACGACGACCAAGCCUGUCCAGACUAUCUCAUCACAUUUCGUUAGUUAUCCAUUAUGAUGAACUUUUUUUUUCAUGUUCUAAAAAGUAAAUAAAUCUUGCAUUAUCUUUGCAUUAGAAAAGUAAUCUUGUUUUAAAAAAAAAAAUAAUCAAACUUUUCUUAAUAAGAUAAGCCAACUAAUUUUGAGCAAAUACAAACCAGUACCAAAGCUAUAAAAAUGUGCAAAAAAAUCCCAGUGUGGGAACAAUAUUUGCUUUUUUU